CGAUUUAAUCCUCCGAGAGCGUUGCUGUAUAAAGGGGAAGGGGUUCUCUUUGGAGGCUGUCACAGGGGCCGCGUGGUGCGUGGCGGCCAAGAACCCGGAGGACCCAACUCGCGACUCGCGAGAACGAAGCGGAAUUCUACGUCGGCUGACGGUUCUUGGCUCCGGCCGGAACGCUCCUCUCCGGCGGGGGCUCUUGUCGGGCGGCGCGGCGGUUGGCGGGGAAGCGGCGGCGGGGACCCGCGCGCGAGGGACGAGGUUCUGGUGCCCUUAAUUGUGCUAUGACUGUGUGAGGAUGAACUGCCACAUGCCAAGCUCCUGCUGAGGGAUCAUCCUACAUGUUGAUAGCUUUGCUUGGUAAAUAGCAGCUUGAGGAACAUGUCCAGCCUUGACUUCGAUGGACAGGAAGACAUAUUCUUUGAUGUGUCUGAUGAUAUUAGAAGCUCAACAUGUUCUACAGCUAGGUGCAGCACGAGUGACCAAUUAUCAGCGUCAUGGAGACCUGAGUAUGAGCUGUGGGCGAGUGAACCAAUGAGCGUCAAUGAAAGGCGGCACAGGUUCCUGAUUGGGAUGGGCUUAGCUCAACCUAUUCCUACUGGAAUAGCCUUUCCGCAGUGGCAGGGCGAUACCUUGGAUGACUGUGCAUUUCGUGACCUGGAGGAGAGAAUUAGUAGCAUCUGUUCUUCAUACCAGUCAUCCUUUUCUCAGUUUGCAUCGGCACCAGAUAGUAUUAAUUGCGAAAGGGAUCUGGAUACUGGGAACAGAGUUGUAGUUCAUGAAAGCGAGCAUGAUACAAUGACCGGCAUAGUUGAGGAGGUUGGAACAGAUAUAAUCAUGAACAUAAACCAGUCUGAAGGUUUUCUCAGUUUCUCUCAGCUUGUUCACGAGUUCUUGCAGAAGGGCGGUGGUCGAACCCAUCUAAGAGGGUCGAAUCUCACAGUCACUGAUAAGCAAAAGGAUCCCAAGAGCUUUUGUGGAAGAUUUACAAGAAAGAAGGGAGAAGAUAGAAUUUGCAUGUAUGACACACAUAUGAAAAGCCUGAAGACAAGCACAUUUUCCAGAACAAAAGUUCAUCAGCAGAACAAGAAGUGGAUUGACUUCUCUGCUGUCUACAUAUGCCAAGAAAUCCAAGCCCACGGGGGUUCAAUCAGGGUCAUGAAGUUCAGUCCAUCCGGGUUGUAUUUAGCGAGUGUCGGUGAAGACUGCAUUGCGCGCAUUUGGAUGAUACAAGAAGUUGAAUCCUCUCCUGAUUUGUACGGCAGAGAGGCGCCUGUCGAAUACAUGGACAGAAACAAGGGCCUAAAAAUGAAGGUGGCAAAAGGCCAGAGACGUACCCUUGCCAUAAUACCCAAGAAAGUUUUCAACAUUGCAGAGACACCGCUGCAUGAGUUUCAUGGUCACACAAGUGAUAUCUUGGAUAUGGCAUGGUCAAAAUCAGAUUUUCUCUUGACUUCAUCUAAAGACAAGACAGUGCGCAUGUGGAAAGCUGGCUGUGAUGGCUGUCUAGCAGUAUUCAAACACAGAGACUAUGUAACAUGCGUUCAAUUCAAUCCAGUUGACGAAAGAUACUUCGUCAGUGGUUCAAUAGACGGCAAAGUCCGUGUUUGGGAUGUUUCUGAGAAACGAGUAGUUGACUGGGCUGAUACAAGGCGCAUCAUAACUGCUGUGAGUUACCAGCCAGAUGCAAAGGGUCUUAUUGUUGGCACCGUUCCAGGGAGAUGCCGCUUCUAUGAUCAAUCAGGUGAAAACAUGGAAGUUGAGAAAGAACUGAAGGUGACGAAGAAGAAAUCUGCUAGAAGACAGAUCACCAGUCUGCAGUUUUCAAGAGGUGAUCCUGCUCGGAUCAUGAUCGCAUCUGCGGGUUCUAAAAUCCGAGUCUCUGAAGGCGCCGGCAUCAGCCGAAAGUUUGAAGGGCGGCGAGGCUCCAAGGUCCUGGUACCGCCGUCUCUGACAUCCGACGGCCGGUACCUCGUGUCGGCCGGCGCGGAUUCCAACGUCUACAUUUGGAAUUUCGACAAGUUGAGGGGCAAAGGCACCAAAGGAGCGAGAACGGUUCGCUCCUGUGAGCACUUCUUCUCCGAUGGCGUCACGUCCGUGGCGACAUGGCCGGGGCUGCUGCACCAGGAAAUCUGUGAAAGCGGCGGCGGCGGAGGCGAUCUCCAGUCCUCGGACAAGGGGCCCACACUGUGCCGCGACCGCGAUUGCUGCUCGUUCGGGACGUGGUUCUUUACGGACGGCGUGGGGGGCGCCGCCGCAACGUGGCCCGAGGAGAAGCUGCUGCCGUCCCUCAAGUACCUGAACUGCUCCGGGAUGGACGAGCGCCGCCCCAAGGUGCCGGCGGCAUGGAACACCGUCGUGGUCACCGGCAGCCGCGACGGGGUCAUCCGGUGCUUCCAUAACUACGGCCUGCCGGUGAAGCUGUAGGUGCGGAUCGGAAGUUUCUGAGAUGGCGAAAAUGAGUGGGAUCGAGCCUGCUGACAGUCUCUGACCGUUCGUUGUAGAAUGUGAAGUACAUGAAAGUGUUUCGUUUGUAGAACGUGAAGUACAUGAAAGUGUUAAGGAGUUAAAGAGGGAUCCUAUGCUAUGUGUGUUAUCUAUGCUAUAAAGAGCGAGAGAAUUG